AUGGGAAUUUUAGGUCUACUAAAAACUGGAGAGAACUUGAUUUGUUGCGAUGACGUCUCUCCAGAAACUUAUGAAGUGUUUAAUAAUAUUGCCCCAAACUAUGGAAUACAUUCAACCUUUCUUGAUGUUACUGAUACAGAGAAAUUACACUCAUGUAUAGAGAAUAAUACUAAGCUAAUUUGGGUUGAGAAUCCUUCUAAUACCACAUUGAAAAUAACAGAUAUUUGCGAAGUGGCUCAAGUAGCUAAAGAAAAGCAGGUUUUGUUAGGUGUGGAUAACACAUUUCUUACACCAUACCUACAAAGACCUUUAGAACUUGGUGCUGAUGUAGUUAUGCAGUCGGCAACGAAAUAUAUUAACGGACAUUCGGACAUCAUCAUGGGCUGUUUAUGUACUAACAAAUCUGAUGUAAACAAGGAGCUUGUGUUAAUGCAAGUAGGCGCUGGUCUGAAUCCUUCUCCGUUAGAUUGCUACCAAACAUUACGAGGAAUAAAAACAUUAAAUUUAAGAAUGGAUCAGCAUCUUAAGAAUUCAGUGAUUCUUGCAAAUUAUUUGGGGCAGCAUUCUGCAGUGGAAAAAGUUAUUCAUCCGGGUUUAAAAUCUCACCCUCAGCAUAACAUUUUCAAAAUACAAGCAAGUGGGCACAGCGGAAUAAUUUCAUUUUAUUUAAAAGGUGGUUCUGAAGAAAGUGAACAAUUUUUGAAAGCGCUAAAAGUCUUCACAGUUACUGAAGUAUCUGGAGGUGGAGAAAGUACUGCUCAAAUACCAUUCUUAAUGUCGCACAAACAUUGGAAAAAAGGCAGAAAGAAGCAAUUGAACAUAACAGAAAAUUUGGUAAAACUUUCUGUUGGUUUGGAAACUAUCUGCGAUUUGAUAUUAGAUAUUGAAUCAGCCCUUGAUAGCCUAAAACCAAAUUCAAAAUGUCGGUAAAAUUGGUUCUGU